GUUGGCGACGUAACCUUUCAGUUACUCAUGCUUUUCUUUAUACCCUACAAUCCAUUGAUUUACUUUACUCGUUGAAUGCAACAUGGAUGCGUGUUUUACUGCAUUCGAUAAGAACGGAGAUGGGAAAUUAGAUUUAGAAGAAUUUAAAUUGAUUUGUCGUGCAUUAUUUCGAAACGACAAAGGAAAAAUAUACAGUUUACAAGAAAACAAAGUGAGAGAAAUUUUCAACGUGUUCGAUAAAAACAAUGAUAAUUUCAUCGAUAGAGAGGAGUUUACUUUCUGUUGGAACCACUGGAUCAAAAUUAUAGUCCGUCCAAUUUCCGCUUUCCUAAUCGUAGACGUUCAAAAUGAUUUUAUAUCGGGUACUUUAAAUAUAAGCAAUUGUUCUGCCCAACAAAAUGGUGCCGAAGUGAUCGAACCAAUAAAUAGGCUACUGGAUACUGUUAAUUUUGACGCUGUUUUCUAUUCCUUGGAUUGGCACCCGAGCGAUCAUAUAUCGUUCAUUGACAACUUACACAUGAGGGAAUUAGAUCCAUCGAGCCCAUUAACAGUAGAAACGGCGAACACGUACGACACUGUUAUAUUUUCCGGGCCUACUCCGAUGAAGCAGCGUCUUUGGCCACGUCACUGUGUUCAGGACACUUGGGGAUCUGAGUUACAUCAAGACCUAAAGAUUCUUGAAAAAGCGAUAAAGGUGUAUAAGGGAACCAACCCUGAAGUUGAUUCCUAUUCGGUAUUUUGGGAUAAUAAAAAAUUAACAGACACGACUUUGUGCGGUCAACUGAGGCUAAAAAACGCCACCGACAUAUAUAUCUGUGGGUUAGCGUAUGAUGUGUGCGUUGGUGCGACCGCUGUAGAUGCGUUAGCAAUUGGUUAUAGAACAAUUUUACUGGAUGAUUGCAGUAGGGGGGUAGAUCUUCUGGACAUUGAAAAAACAAAAACUACAGUGAUUAAGAACAACGGCGUCAUUGUAAAUUCAAAUCAUGUUAAAGCCAUGGUAGAAGGAAGAGACAGGCGACCCGAAUUAGGAUAUAAAUUGGCGAUGGAACUUAAAUCAAAUAGCUCACACUAGCAGUGUGGAAUUUUUUGUUAAAACCAUAUUGUGGCUUAGUAAUUCUUAAAUCUUCCCUAUACAGGUUUAGGUUUUAGUGAAACCUUUUUAUGUACAAUUUCGGCAUAUCCGUCAAAUUAGUUGACAGAUAUGCUUCGACAUCAUGUGAUCGCUCUGCUUCAAUAUGUAAUUUUAAGAGGUUAUUUAGGAUAACAGAAUUGAUUUUUUGUGAUUCUGGUGAAUUAUUUACCUAAUUAAAAUUCAUGUUUUUGAAUACUUAUUUUAACAGUUUAGUGCGUAUAAAUCGGUGUACAGGGUGUAUUCUGUUUAACAUUACGUGUUUAUAUGGUAACUCAGUGGUGCAAUUGUUACCGAAUUAAUGAUUUUGGUUUUUUACAAUGCAUAUUUAAUGUACUUAAGUUUGCUUAGCUACCUAUUGCACCACUGGUCAUUUAUAUUUCAUGUUGUUGUGUAUGUGUAUGCCAAUAGAUAAUAGAUAAAACUUAUUUUUAAAUACUUAUCCUGUAUUAUAAAUUGUACAAUUUUAAAAUAAACG